CUCGGCAGCACUUCCGCAAACGACCAGCGUUUUGGCGUAGAAUGAUAGAGCACUCCUCUACCGCUGACGGCAUGGCUGUGAAAGCGAUUUUGUUUGAUUUGGACAACACGCUCAUUGAAACGAGUCGAGCAGGUGAAGUGGCGCUAAAAAAGACCAGUGAAUUUUUGAAGACCACGCUGGGCCUUGAUGACAGCACCGUCUGCACCAUUUGUGACAAGUUCAAGCAGAAGCUGUUCCAUGAGAGUUUUGACUGCUCAGCUGGUCAAACCAUAGAUGAUGUCCGUGCGCAUCACUGGGAGGAAAGCAUCAAGGAGACUGUAGGGAAUUGCUCUACGCCUUCUUUGCCAGCUCAGUGUUAUAACAUGUGGAAAAGCAGUCGCCUGGAGCUUCUCACUCUGUCUCCUCAAGUAUGCAACCUCCUGAAACAGCUGCGCAGCAGAUACAAGCUGCUGCUGCUGACCAACGGCGUAGCCCAGACCCAGAGAGAGAAAGUGGCGACGGCUGGAUGUGAGGAGUUCUUCGAUGCCAUUGUGAUCGCAGGAGAACACAAAGAGCAGAAACCAUUCCCCUCCAUCUUCAGGUUGUGUUUCAGCAUGCUGGAGGUAGAGGCUCUGGACUGUGUGAUGGUGGGAGAUUCUCUGGACACAGACAUUCAGGGGGGCUUGAAUGCCGGAGUUCGGGCCACAGUUUGGAUUAAUAGUGCAGGGGGGGGCGCGUCAGAGAAGCCAGACUACACUAUCACUACUGUUCUGGAAUUACCAGAUAUUCUGGCACAGCUGCAAUAAGAACAACUGGUGAAGAGUGAAUGAGUUUUACUUGAGAUGUUGUGGGAAUUUUUACCUAUUGAUAUAAUUGAUUUAGAUAUGACUACUACUCCUAUUAGUUUUCCAGUGUUCAACGAGGUGCAUUUUAAUUUGAGGUUUCUGGUUGGGAUUUUAGACACCGUAAUUUUGAACAUAGUGUGUUGAAGCUUCACUAUUAUACACAUGAGGCAGUCAAAGUAAUUGCAUUUAGUUAAAAACUCGAGUACAGUUAAGAUACUUGUACGAGAUUAUUAAGCAUGUUUUUGACAUUGGCACUGUUGGGUUCAAGGCAUUUCAGACUGAUGCCCUAUUGUAAUCACGUUAAAUUUUUCCAUAGCACAUGCAUUUCUGUAUUCAAUUCAGUAAUCACAUUAGUUAUAAUUUAUUCUUCAGUUACACAAAGUUACCUGCAUGAUGAAAUAAAAACACGUGUAUAUAAUCAGCUAAUUUCAGCUUGUGUGCUGGGAGGAGUUAAAUGGACUGAACUAAAGUGCUUUUAUAAAACUUGCCUCAUUCACCCAUUCAUACGAGCACUGUUUUUCUAUGCCUUACCUAUGUAAGUGCUUUCUAUCUAACAUUCACAGUGUCAUACACCGAUGGAUUGGCAACUUUAGUAUCUUGCCCAAGGCGUGCAGACUGGAGCAGAUGGGGACUGAAUCACCAGCCGUCCUAUUACUAGGUUACCUGCUCUUUAGACUUUUGAAAAUUGGAGAAUAUGGACAUUAUUUUUGUUUUAUUGCACAAAAGUACAAGAGUGUACAGGUAAAGUGCAAACUGUGUCCAGGACAGAAACAACUGCAUCAUACUGCUAAGACAACAUCGUCUCAUUGCGAGCAUCAGCACAUACAGCACGCCCACACAAACUAGCAUUCAGGAAGCCAAGCAGAUGUUAAAGCUGAGCAGCCAAAGCCUGCUCUUUAGUAGGUAGCAAAGGCAGUAAUGAGCAGUCAGCAUUGUAUCCUCCACUUCUACAGUAGAAUCACAGUGCUGACCCAUUCAAAGUCUUUUUGUUUAAACUUUGCUCUGCAGUCACACUUAAAACUAAAAUAAGAGAAUAUUUAUGUCCUCAAUAGGCUGGGAUUUGUGGGAGUGCAGCCUAAGGCCUGAUUUAGACUUCUGCUUUGUAGAGCCUACGACAUAAACUACGCAAGCGGCUGUCUUUAUGUGUUAAU